AAGAGUUGUGAGAAUACCGCUUACACAGUCGUGCAGAGCAGUAAGCCUAGUUGUUCCGUGUUUCUCUGAUUUUCUCUGUCUCUCCCUCUUCUUCUCUGUCUUCGUCUAGUCAUUUCUAUCGGUAUCACUUGCGUGCGCGCACGUGUGUAUAUGUAAGUGUAUGGGUACUUUUUUGAUUUUUAAAUAAAACAAGAUGCUGAUCUCGCAGGAGGUGAUCUCAAAAGCGGAGGAAAUCGCAGAUCAGGUAAUUCGCAAUGGAAAGCAUAUACUGCCAACUCUUGCAAGAUUAUGUCUUAUAGCCACAUUUUUGGAAGAUGGAUUGAGAAUGUGGUUUCAAUGGUCAGAACAGAAAGAAUUUAUGAACAAUAGUUGGCAUUGUGGUACUUUCUUAGCUACAAUGUUUGUCUUGAUUAAUUUAAUUGGACAACUUGGUGGUUGUGUCAUGGUUAUUGGAAGAUGGAAAGUCAGCAUUGCUUGUGGAAUCUUGUUUUUCAUAGUAGUUCUUCAGACACUGGCUUACAAUAUUUUGUGGGACAUAACAUUUUUAUUUAGAAACCUAGCAUUGAUAGGAGCACUUCUUCUGGUUCUGGCUGAAUCAAGAGUAGAAGGAAGGUCAUUAUUUGCUGGUGUACCAAGUCUUGGAGAUAAUAAACCUAAAAAUCUCUUGCAAUUAGCUGGUAGAAUUCUGUUAGCGUUUAUGUUUACCACGCUAAUUCGCUUCGAAAUAUCAUUCCUCCAAAUCAUGCAAGAUAUUCUUGGAAGCAGUUUGAUGGUAUUAGUCACUAUUGGAUAUAAAACCAAACUCAGUGCAUUGUUACUUGUAUUAAUAUUAUCUGCACUGAACCUUUACCAUAAUGCAUGGUGGACCAUUCCAGAGUAUAAGGCUCUUAGGGAUUUUCUUAAAUACGACUUUUUCCAGACAUUAUCAGUGAUUGGUGGCCUUUUAAUGAUAGUAUCUUUAGGUCCUGGAGGCGUAUCAAUGGAUGAGCAUAAAAAGGAGUGGUAGAUGUCAUGGUAUCACCUGAAUAUGCAUCAUUACAUUGUCAUGAUCAUUAAGUAAAAACAGUCUCCCAUUCCUAUUCCUUUAUAUGCUCAAUCAAGUCUAUAACAAGUCCAUUGUUUAUUGGAUGAAGAGCGAUUCGUUUUGUAUUAUUCAAUUUGGGUAAAGGAAUUGUUAAAGUAGAGUUUAAAGUUGAUAUUUUAAAAUACAAAUACAUGAAAUUACAAAAGAAAAAAAAAGUGAAAAACUACAGAAUACUACUGUUCAGAAACAAACAAAAUGAAGACAACACCAAGACUAAUUUAUAUAAUCAAUAAUGGCAUUGUACAUAUGACACUACAUUUAUCAAGGAAACAAAAUAUAUUUUUUCUGUGUGUUUUUAA